GCGCGGAGGGAGGUGAGCCGAGCGGAGUCGGGAGGCGAGGAGGGGGAACCGCGAGGAGGCCCCGCCCCCGCCUCGCGGAACCGGCUCUCCGCCGCCUCGGAAUCCGCUCACUUUGCCUCUCGCCUCUGGACGGCGGCGGGGCGGUUGCCGGAGCGGCGGCCAGAGGGAGCGCCGGGGACGGGGAGCCAUCCCGCACCCGCGCCUCCUCCCGGCGCCCGCGCCCCUCGUGGGGGGGGGGCCGCGCCAGCGUUUGAAAGGACACCCCGGCCUCACAGGGGGCAUCCCCGGGCGCUGACAGCCUCGUUCCCGGCCAGUGGGCGCGCAGCGUUGGCGCCUGAGGGGACUCCCCGGCCACCUGCAGGUGCCACCGCGCCGAGGGAGCGUCGCUAGCAGCAACGCUGGACCGCCGAGGACGCUAGAGCCGAGGGGUCUCCGGGCCAGCGAGGGGCAGGAGCAGAGACCGCAGCCAGAGCCCGCCCGCCAGCCCGCUGGCCCCGACGGCGCGCUCCCCUAUCGGCCAACUGCAGCCAGGCCCCGCGCGGCGGCCGGGGGUGGGGGGGCGGCGGCGGCGGCGGCCUCGGGCUUCGGGGCGGCCAGCCAUGACCUUCGGGCGCAGCGGGGCGGCCUCGGUGGUGCUGAACGUGGGCGGCGCCCGGUACUCGCUGUCCCGGGAGCUGCUGAAGGACUUCCCGCUGCGCCGCGUGAGCCGGCUACACGGCUGCCGCUCGGAGCGCGACGUGCUCGAGGUGUGCGACGACUACGACCGCGAGCGCAACGAGUACUUCUUCGACCGGCACUCGGAGGCCUUCGGCUUCAUCCUGCUCUACGUGCGCGGCCACGGCAAGCUGCGCUUCGCGCCGCGGAUGUGCGAGCUCUCCUUCUACAACGAGAUGAUCUACUGGGGCCUGGAGGGCGCGCACCUAGAAUACUGCUGCCAGCGCCGCCUCGACGACCGCAUGUCCGACACCUACACCUUCUACUCGGCCGACGAGCCGGGCGCGCUGGGCCGCGACGAGGCGCGACCCGGCGGUGCCGAGGCGGCCCACUCCAGGCGCUGGCUCGAGCGCAUGCGGCGGACCUUCGAGGAGCCUACGUCGUCGCUGGCCGCGCAAAUCCUGGCCAGCGUGUCGGUCGUGUUCGUGAUUGUGUCCAUGGUGGUGCUGUGUGCCAGCACACUGCCCGACUGGCGCGCCGCGGCGGCCGACAACCGCAGCCUGGAUGACCGGAGCAGGUACUCCGCCGGCCCUGGGAGGGAGCCCUCCGGGAUAAUUGAAGCUAUCUGCAUAGGUUGGUUCACUGCAGAGUGCAUCGUGAGGUUCAUCGUCUCCAAAAACAAGUGUGAGUUUGUCAAGAGACCCCUGAACAUCAUUGAUUUACUGGCAAUCACACCGUAUUACAUCUCCGUGUUAAUGACGGUGUUUACAGGCGAGAACUCUCAACUCCAGAGGGCUGGAGUCACCUUGAGGGUGCUUAGAAUGAUGAGGAUUUUUUGGGUGAUUAAACUUGCCCGUCACUUCAUUGGUCUCCAGACACUUGGUUUGACUCUCAAACGAUGUUACCGAGAGAUGGUUAUGUUACUUGUCUUCAUUUGUGUUGCCAUGGCAAUCUUUAGUGCACUUUCUCAGCUUCUUGAACAUGGGUUGGACCUGGAAACAUCCAACAAGGACUUCGCCAGCAUCCCUGCUGCCUGCUGGUGGGUGAUUAUCUCUAUGACUACAGUUGGCUAUGGAGAUAUGUAUCCUAUCACCAUGCCUGGAAGAAUUCUUGGAGGAGUUUGUGUUGUCAGUGGGAUUGUUCUCUUGGCGUUACCUAUCACUUUUAUCUACCAUAGCUUUGUGCAGUGUUAUCAUGAGCUCAAGUUUAGGUCAGCUAGAUAUAGUAGAAGCGUCUCUGCUGAGUUCCUCAAUUAACGCAUUGCAAAUCGAUUCUUACAUACACUUUGACAGAAAGAGUUGACACUACUUCCUAUUCAUCAUGCAUUUCUUGCUGGGUGAGCACUACAGUGGUACUGUCAUCAUGUUGGUAGGGUAAAAAUUAUCCUUUCCAGCUGAAGGGAUGAAAAAAUUUCCUUAUAAUGGAGUAAAUAGGAUUGAGACUUCAAAGGAAAAGUAAUAACUCCUAGAAUAAAUUUUAGGAUCUUAUUUUAUUUAGGCUUGUCUCCUCCUUGCCUUGAACAAUUAUACUUUUUGUGUUUGUUUUAAAGUAUAUUAUUUGAACAUUUUGAAACUGAAAGGUACUAUUUUCCAAAUGUUUUUCCAUCUUAUGAAUUCAGAAGAAGCUUGGAAGUUACAGUGUUUUUUGUUGGAGAGUAACAUUUUCAUUUCUAAAUGUUUUAUAAUCUCUCAUAUCAAUGUCAGAAGUAU